AGUCAAGGUCUUCCUGUGUUGCCCAAGCUGAUCUCAAACUCCUGGGCUCAAGUGAUUCCUGCCUCUGCCUCCCAAAGUGCUGAGAUUACAGGUGUGAGCCACCUCGCCUGGCUAAAUGUUUUUUUAAAAAGGAUUUCAGUUAAGAAUUUGGGUUGUUCAGGAUGAACUGAAAAGAAAAAAAAAAGAUAAUUUGGGUUGGUCAGGUUUUACUUAAAGUUCUAAUUAUGGGAUACUUUAGAUUUGAUUUUAUAUUUUUGUUAAAAAGGGUGCCCUGUUUUAAUAUUUCUUGAUAUGUUUCCCUUAAUGAUUUUAAAGAUUGUGUUUGUUUUUUGAGACAGGGUCUGGAGUGCAGUGGUGCAAUCUCAGCUCACUGCAACCUCCGCCUCCCAGGUUCAAGCGAUUCUUGUGCCUCAGCCUCCCGAGUAGCUGGGACUACGGGCAUGCGCCACCAUGCCCUGCUAAUUUUUUUAUUUCUAGUAGAGACGAGGUUUCACCGUGUUGGCCAGGCUGGUCUCGAGCUCCUCGCUUCAAGUGAUCUGCCCCACUUGGCCUCUCAAAAUGCUGGGAUUACAGGGUUUGAAAGUAUUCUUGAAGGGCUGUUUGGACCUGCAUUAUUAAAAGAUCUCAGUUUAUUUAAAGACUGUGAACCUGAAAGCAUUUCUGAUUGGACUUUUGAUGAAAACUGUUUAUUCUGUUGCUUGAGAAGAGAUAAAGUAAAGGGACACUUAGUCGGUCUGGAUGAACCAGCUUCGGGAGCUGGGCAAGAAGCUCUGCUUAAACAAGAGCAAGCAAAAAUCAUUCGAUUCGAGAGACAAGCAGAAGAAUUCCUCAAUGCAGUCUUUUAUAGAAAAGACAGUCCCUGGGUCUCCGACCCCAAUAUUCCCCUAGUGGCCCGUGAGAUCAUGCAGCGAAUGAUCCAACAAUUUGCUGCUGAAUAUACCUCAAAAAAUAGCUCUACUCAGGACCCCAGCCAGCCCAAUAGCACAAAGAACCAAAGCCUGCCGAAAGCAUCUCCAGUCACCACCUCUCCCACGGCUGCAACUACUCAGAACCCUGUGCUCAGCAAACUUCUCAUGGCUGACCAAGACUCACCUCUGGACCUUACUGUCAGAAAGUCUCAGUCAGAACCUAGCGAACAAGACGGUGUACUUGAUCUGUCCACUAAGAAAAGUCCAUGUGCUGGCAGCACUUCCCUGAGCCACUCUCCAGGCUGCUCCAGUACUCAAGGGAACGGUGAGAACUCAACAGAGGCAAAAGCAGUAGAUUCUAACAAUCAGUCGAAGUCCCCACUGGAGAAAUUUAUGGUCAAACUGUGUACUCAUCAUCAAAAGCAAUUCAUUCGUGUUCUGAACGACCUGUACACUGAAUCUCAACCAGGCACUGAGGACCUGCAGCCUUCUGAUUCGGGAGCAAUGGAUGUAUCCACUUGCAAUGCUGGCUGUGCCCAGCUCAGCACCAAACAUAAGGAAAAAGAUGCUCUGUGUCUCGAUAUGAAGUCUUCUGCUUCUGUAGAUUUGUUCGUAGACUCGUCAGACUCUCACAGCCCUCUACAGUUGACGGAACAGACCCCGAAGGAGCCUCCUCCUGAGAUAAACCCUGUAGAUGGAAGAGAGAAUGCCUUGACUGUUGUCCAGAAAGAUUCCUCUGAACUUCCAACCACUAAACCGAAUUCUAUUAAUAGCAGUUCAGUGGAUAGUUUCACUCCGGGAUACCUCACUGCAUCUAAUUGUUCCUCAGUGAACUUCCACCACAUCCCUAAAAUCUUGGAGGGGCAAACCACUGGACAAGAGCAAGACACAAAUGUGAACAUAUGUGAGGAUGGUAAAGACCAUAUGCAGAGUUCAGCUUUAGUAGAAAGUCUAAUUACAGUAAAAAUGGCAGCUGAGAAUAGUGAGGAAGGCAAUACCUGUAUUAUUCCUCAAAGAAAUUCGUUCAAAGCUUUAUCAGAAGAGGCUUGGAACUCAGGGUUUAUGGGGAACUCAUCUAGAACUGCUGACAAAGAGAAUACUUUACAGUGUCCAAAAACACCUUUGCGCCAGGAUUUAGAGGCAAAUGAACAAGAUGCAAGGCCAAAGCAAGAGAACCAUCUUCACUCUCUGGGAAGAAAUAAGGUGGGUUACCAUUUACAUCCCAGUGAUAAGGGCCAGUUUGAUCAUUCCAAAGAUGGUUGGUUAGGCCCCGGCCCUAUGCCAGCUGUACACAAAGCGGCAAAUGGACACUCAAGAACCAAGAUGAUAUCAACCUCCAUUAAGACAGCUCGGAAAAGUAAAAGGGCAUCAGGGCUGAGGAUAAAUGAUUAUGAUAACCAGUGUGAUGUUGUUUAUAUCAGUCAACCAAUAACAGAAUGCCACUUUGAGAAUCAAAAAUCAAUAUUAUCUUCUCGGAAAACAGCCAGAAAGAGUACUCGAGGAUACUUUUUCAAUGGUGACUGUUGUGAGCUGCCAACUGUUCGUACACUGGCCAGAAAUUUACACUCCCAGGAAAAAGCAAGCUGCUCAGCAUUGGCAUCAGAGGCAGUUUUCACUCCUAAGCAGACCCUUACAAUUCCAGCCCCUAGACAUACAGUAGAUGUGCAGCUUCCCAGAGAAGACAACCCUGAAGAACCUAGCAAGGAAAUCACCUCUCACGAGGAAGGAGGUGGAGACGUUUCACCUCGAAAAGAACCUCAAGAGCCUGAGGUUUGCCCCACAAAGAUUAAGCCGAAUCUGAGCAGCUCCCCUAGGUCAGAGGAAACGACAGCCUCCAGCCUGGUGUGGCCUCUCCCUGCUCACCUUCCUGAAGAGGACCUGCCAGAAGGUGGCUCCACAGUCUCAGCUCCCACAGCAAGUGGGAUGUCUUCUCCUGAACACGACCAACCACCAGUUGCACUGUUGGAUACGGAGGAGAUGAGUGUACCCCAGGACUGUCACCUGCUUCCCUCCACUGAAAGCUUUUCCGGGGGAGGCAGUGAAGAUGUCAUUUCUAGGCCUCAUUCUCCUCCUGAAAUAGUCAGUAGAGAAGAAAGUCCUCAGUGCUCAGAAAAUCAGAGUUCCCCAAUGGGCUUGGAGCCCCCCAUGAGUCUGGGAAAGGCUGAGGACAACCAAAGCAUCAGUGCUGAGGUUGAGUCUGGAGACACCCAGGAGCUAAAUGUUAACCCACUCUUGAAGGAAAGCAGCACUUUUACUGAUGAAAACCCCAGUGAAACUGAGGAAAGUGAGGCAGCAGGUGGUACAGGAAAAUUAGAGGGAGAGGACGAUGAUGUAAAAUGCCUGUCAGAAAAGGACACGUAUGAUACAAGCAUUGACUCACUCGAAGAGAAUUUGGACAAGAAGAAAAAAGGUAAAAAAUUCCCUGAGGCCUCUGAUAGGUGCCUAAGAAGUCAACUUUCAGAUUCUUCCUCUGCUGACAGAUGCCUAAGAAAUCAGAGUUCAGAUUCUUCCUCAGCUUGUCUUGAAAUCAAAGUUCCUAAAAAUCCUAGUGCAAAACGUUCAAAAAAAGAAGGGCACCCUGGUGGGACAACACCUAAGGGCCUUCUACCUGACAGUUUCCACACGGAAACUCUGGAGGACACAGAAAAGCCAAGUGUCAGUGAACGCCCCUCUGAGAAAGAUGCUGAGCAGGAGGGCGAAGGCGGGGGGAUCAUCACCAGGCAGACUUUGAAAAACAUGCUGGACAAAGAAGUCAAGGAGUUAGGAGGAGAGAUUUUCCCCAGCAGGGACCCCAUAACCACAGCUGGACAGCCACUGCCUGGAGAGAGAUUGGAAAUCUAUGUUCAGUCUAAAAUGGAUGAGAAGAGUGCUCAUAUCCCCUCAGAAAGUAUUGCUUGUAAGAGGGACCCAGAACAGGCAAAAGAAGAGCCAGGGCAUAUUCCCACACAGCAUGUGGAGGAGGCUGUGAAUGAGGUAGACAAUGAAAACACCCAGCAGAAAGAUGAUGAGAGUGAUGCCCCAUGCAGCUCUCUUGGGUUGUCGAGUAGUGGAAGUGGUGAUGCUGCUAGGCCACCAAAAUCGGUGCCAAGGCCUAAAAGAUUGACCUCUUCAACCUACAACCUAAGACACGCUCAUUCUCUGAGCUCCUUGGAUGCUUCAAAAGUGACUUCAGAAAAGGAAGCUGCACAAGUAAACCCCAUAAUGCCAAAGGAAAAUGGAGCUUCAGAGAGUGGACACCCCCUAGAUGAGGACGAUGUUGACACCGUGGUAGAUGAACAGCCAAAGUUUAUGGAAUGGUGUGCUGAGGAGGAGAACCAAGAGCUCAUCGCCAACUUCAAUGCCCAGUACAUGAAAGUUCAGAAGGGCUGGAUCCAGUUGGAGAAAGAAGGACAGCCAACACCAAGAGCAAGGAACAAAUCAGAUAAACUGAAAGAGAUUUGGAAAAGCAAGAAAAGGUCACGGAAAUGUAGGAGUUCAUUGGAGAGUCAGAAGUGUUCUCCUGUUCAGAUGCUCUUUAUGACAAACUUUAAAUUAUCUAAUGUUUGUAAGUGGUUCUUAGAGACAACUGAAACCAGGUCUCUAGUCAUUGUGAAGAAGCUCAAUACUCGCCUUCCAGGAGACGUUCCCCCUGUCAAGCAUCCUCUUCAGAAAUACGCUCCUUCAAGCCUAUAUCCCAGUUCACUACAGGCUGAGCGCUUGAAAAAGCACUUGAAGAAAUUUCCUGGAGCUACCCCUGCUAAGAAUAAUUGGAAAAUGCAGAAGCUCUGGGCCAAAUUUCGAGAGAAUCCUGAUCAAGUGGAGCCAGAAGAUGGCAGUGAUGUCAGCCCCGGCCCUAAUUCUGAAGACAGCAUAGAGGAAGUCAAGGAAGAUAGAAACAGUCACCCUCCAGCAAACCUGCCCACUCCAGCCAGUACCCGGAUUCUUAGAAAAUAUUCCAAUAUUCGAGGAAAGCUCAGAGCCCAGCAACGUUUAAUCAAGAAUGAGAAAAUGGAAUGCCCAGAUGCUCUGUCUGUGGAAAGUAAGCCAAGUCGUAAGAGCGUAUGCAUCAACCCUCUGAUGUCCCCCAAGCUUGCCCUGCAAGUGGAUGCAGAUGGGUUUCCUGUUAAGCCCAAGAGUACUGAAGGAAUGAAGGGAAGGAAGGGGAAGCAGGUGUCUGAAAUCUUGCCUAAAGCAGAAGUUCAGAGUAAACGCAAGAGAACAGAAGGCAGCAGCCCUCCAGAUAGUAAGAACAAGGGGCCUAUGGUGAAAGCCAGCAAAGAAAAGCAUGCUGAUGGAGCCACCAAAACCCCUGCUGCCAAGAGGCCAGCUGCAAGGGACAGAAUCAGCCAACCCCCCAAAAAGACGUCUUUGAAAGAGAAUAAAGUGAAGAUCCCUAAAAAGUCUGCUGGGAAGAGCUGCCCUCCCUCCAGGAAAGAAAAAGAGAAUACAAACAAAAGGCCUUCCCAGUCUAUUGCCUCGGAAACACUGAAGAAACCUGCAAAACAGAAGGGGGCCGGUGAAUCCUCUUCAAGGCCUCAGAAAGCCACGAAUAGGAAGCAGAGUAGUGGAAAGACUCGGGCCAGACCCUCAACGAAAACCCCAGAGAGCAGUGCAGCUCAGAGAAAGCGAAAGCUGAAGGCAAAGCUGGACUGUUCGCACAGCAAACGGAGGCGGCUGGAUGCAAAGUGAUUGGAAAGAUGGUAGCCAAGAGUAAAACUGUUCUAUAGAAGUAACCUUUUAUUUUGCAUUAACUAAAUCUGCUUUUAUAAGCUUAUCAAGCCUUUCAAAUUUACAGUUAAUGGAGAACACCGUAAUUUGAGAUGUCAGAAAAUGCAUCUCAGAUGGAGAAGGGAACUUGCAGAGUCCUUCUCUGAGGCUAAGGGAAGUUAUAUAUUAUAUUCUGGUUGUUCCUUGGGUUUUAAACUUGGAACCAAGCAGUUUUCGUUUUUAAAAGUACAGUGCCUUAUUUAUCCUUUUUGUUUUUAAAUUUACAAAAGCUAAAAAGCUGAUCUAUGUGAUUAAAGGCUUGUAUUUUAUACUUGAUGCACAAGCACUUGUACUGUAGCCGAGAAGACCACCAUCAUGCACAUAAAAGGAGCUUUUCAGCAGCCACCCUGCAGCAUCUGCCCACGAACAGAUGCCCCUCUUUGCAAACCCCAGCAGUGAACUUCCCUCUCUGUCUUGUUUGUUUGUUUAGAUGAUGUUUGAAAGCUAAACCAAAUCAUUUUAUGGUAUGCAGAGGAUUUAUAAUUAUAAAAGAUUACUAUUUCUGUUACCCCCUUUUAAAAAAGAUCAUGUUCAUUGUUGGUCCCUCCUCUCACCUUUGAUGUUUUGUCAUUUGAGAGCAUGUAUUCUAAAUUAUGUGCCCAUGGGACAAGAGAUAUAUCACAAGUGUUAAUUUUUGUUUACAAACUCUAAAAAAUCAUUUGCAUCCCCAAACUGUAUUACUAAUUCUCACCAUCUUCUUCAUUUCUGGUCUUGCUAGCACUCCUGCAAGGCUUCCAUCCUACUUCGGGAGGAAAAAGCCUAGGAUUUUUUUUUUCCAUCUUGUAGCUGUAAUUUGAUGAUUAGGAUGAAAAUGACUCUUAUUUUCUUUCUUACCCAGAGUACUUCCAUAUUCAAAGAAAGUUGAACUAUUAUUUCCAGUAAUAGGUUUAAGAAUGUGUAUGUCCAUGUGUGUUUGGGUGCAUUUGCAUGUGGUUAUCAGCCACAAAUGUCUCCCAAUCCCAAUUUUACAGUAAAAUUUUUUCCCCAUGCAGUGUGCUUGGGUGUCCCUGAGUUGAGUAAUUAGCAAAGGACCGAUGGUUUAAAAGUAGCCCAGUGUCUCUGUGAGCAUCCCCAAUACCACUUUGGUACCAGACUCAGAAAGAUCUAAAACAGCACGGAGUUAUGUAAAGGUUAGAGCAGCCUUGCAGUUGGAGGAAGCAGCUCCAGCAUCUGUGAAGAGCCCACACACCCCGUACACCCAGAGCUGAUGUUCAGCUGUAUGCUCCAAUGUGAAUGUACUUGUUGGAGUAGAUAUUCAUUCUGAUUGAUUAACACCAUCCUAGUAGUUAAAUGCUUGUAGUGUCACUCCUGCCAUGUCAUGUCAGGCUCUGUUCCAUGUCUCAGAAGUGAGAACCACAAUGUUUUAAUGACUUUGUUUGCCUUUCCCAGGUGAAGCCUGAGACGGGCACAUUGGCUUCAACCUAGUGCCUAUGACCUUGCUCCAUUGUUAUAGUGCAGCGUGUACUUGACUUUUCCAUUGGGCCACUCUACAAAAAAAGGCUUGGUUGUUGAAGCCUCAGUCAGCUUCCUUAACCGGUUCUGUCACCAAAAUCUGCUUGUAUGGACAGCUGCUGCCCUGUCCUUUUUAUUUAAAAAUUUUCCAUUUAGGUUGUUUCAGAUCUCUUUAGAUAAGCCCAGAUGGACUUUUUUCAUGCAAAUCAUGAUAAUACAGGCCUUCUACCCAUUCUGUUAAAGGUUUGCUGUAUAUCAUGGGAACUUCUGAUGAUUGGAUAAGACUGGAGAAAAGUAUUUGAUUUGUGAGAAAUUUAGAAUUGUGUUGAAUUUCAUAGCUAGAGAAGCUUGCUAUCUUAUGAAGCCCUGAUUUUUUUUCAUGUCUUCUCUAUCUGAUGAGUCUUUUUCUUUUUAGUAUCUUUGACUUCGGCCAUUCAAGAGCUACCUACAUUAAUAAAACUGCUGAGUGUGUAUGUUGGCAACCCUUUCUCAGCAUUAAGUUGCACAGAGGCAUUAAUGUGUUUUGAAUAUGUUCAUUUAAUCUUAAAAAAUGGUUUUAAGGUUUUAAAAAUAUCUUUUCAUAUAGUUGUCACUGGAUAUUGUGUUUGUGGUGACUUAAACAGCUGAUGUUUGCCAAUGUCAGGCAUGCUGAUUCCUGUACAGAAGAGGUGCCCCCUUGGCUGCAUACAGACUACCUUGUAAGGUGCUUGGAUUAGGUUAGGGAGAGGUGUAAGGUAGUAAGUGGGUGGAACUUUACCAGUUCCAGGUUUGUAAUUCAUUCCAUUCCUUUUCUAAGUUCUUUUUCAUUUUUAAAAGCUCACUUAAAGAUAAUAGCCUUCUUUCCCAUUCUAGGCUGUGUGUGAGAAAAGGUGUUAAUGUGUAUGUAUGUAUUUUAUAUACCUAACAAUGCAAUGGAUCAUCUUUAAAAUCAACUUAUACUUUAUAAUAAGGACAUUUAAAUAGACCAAGAGUCUACAUAAUUAUGACACUUAAAAGUUUAGAAUUUUUUAUAUUUGUUGAAUCUCAUUUUUGCUGAUUCAGUUAAUUUUGUUAAUAGAAGAAAGAAAACAGCAAAACUUGAGGGCCAGUCCUGCAAGGCCCUUUGAUACCUACAGCAGGUACUGGCAAAGCAGUUUCCCAGAUACCUCCAAGCUCAGGUGUGGUAUUGACUCAAGUCUGUUAUUGUUUUCCCUACCUUGCAAAAACCUUCUUCCCAGAGCCAUCUUCAAGAAUGGCUUACCACACCAGAUGCAAAAGCAGUCCAUCCCACAUUCCGAUCCAAAUCAGAAAGGAAUUCUUCUGGGUGUAUACUCAGUGAAAUGACUGUCCCAGUCUUGGGGCUGAAGUUGAUGACCAAAGGACACUGGUAUUCUCUGAGUUUCUGGAGAAGCUGGAAGAUGCCUGGGAAGCAAUCACUGAAGCUCUGCCAUAGCUCCCCUAGAGGAGGGCCCUCUUCAGGACACCCAUCUUCUAUCCUACGAGACUCCCUGCUAUAGAUGGACAUGCAGGAGACCACUCCCUCACUUGGGGUCCUGAGCCUCACCUCUAGCACUUCCUCAGACAGGUAACAAUCUUGCAGCACAGCAGGAAGGUUGCGAACCUUUAUUCUGCUCCUGAGGCUUCCUUCAUAGGAAUGCUGUUAGUUUCUGUAAGUCACCAGUCACUAGCCCCUUGGAUUCCUUGUUAAAGACUUCUGUGCAGCCUUAUCUAAAAUGAUAAUCUUAGGCUGUGAGUCUCCCGCUGUAUUGUUCCUAAAAUCGUAUGGAUAGAAGAGGUGCCCUUAGUCAUCCCUUUACAUAUGUGGUGCUUUCUAAUGGGAUCUCUGUGCAUCACAUACUAUGCAGGUGAAUUUCUCACUGUUCAGAUAGGUCAUCAGUAAAAGGCAUCACUUCAAGAUAAUUACUUUGAAUUGAGGUUUGGCCUCUCUUCCUGCUUUGUAAUGGGUUCGGUCAUGAGGGUGGGAGCUGUCAUUCACAUUUAUGGGCAGCAUUCCUGUUGAUUAGUGGACCUAAGAGCCAAGUAGGAAAAUAUAGCAUGCUAUGUGAUACAAGCUGGAGAUGCUGUAGUGUUACUAUCAGCAAGUUCUGUGCAGACUGCCUUUCGGAUUCCAGAUGAUCUGUCAAGGGUCUGCCAACUGUGGGCUGGUCGCUUGUUUGUGUAAAUAAAAUGUGUUUGGAAUAUAGCCACACCCAUUUUCUUAAGUACUGUCUGCGGCUGCUUUCGCACUGCAGGAGCAGAGUUGAGUAGCUGCGGCAGAGACCCGUGUGGCCCUUACAGCCUAAGAUACUAUCUGGACCUUCAGAAAACAUCUGCUGAUCCCUGCUUGAGAAAGUCAUCCUUUUCAGGAACAAAUAUUCUUGAUUUUCCUUCUCUCUUCUGCCCUUUUCUCUCUGUUCUUCUUUAUUUCUCAUUUUCCUUGUCUUAAUUUUUUCUUUUCAAAGGAGAUAUGUUAUAUCGAUAUGCACUACUAUCCCCUUAAACUUGAGCAACCUUAGCAUUCCAUCUUCUUAAAAAAAAACCAUCACAGUAGCCAAAAUGAGGCCACCUUACCGUAUCGAGCCGGAACCCAUGAGCAAAUAGGGAUUCAGAGUUCUAAAAUUAUGUGGCCUGGGCCUCUCAUUUCACUCACACAGAACUGACUCUGGCUUUAUUUCUUGUUUAUUAAAGUAAGCCAAGAUUUUGUUUCUGGUAAAAUUAGUUGAGACUACUUUAGUUGGACUUUUAGUCCUCUGACUGUCACAUUUAGAUAUGGAAAAUGUUUUUUCACAGAGUAGAAACAAAGUCUGAUCACAAACCCAAAGCAUUGUUUAUUCUUAUAUAAUAUUUUGGUACUGAUACCUUUUCAGCCACAUACUUUUCAAAAUAAUUUUAUUAAAGGUAAGCCAACAAAUAAAACAUAGAGGCUUUUGAAGUGCUUUAAUAAUGAUUUAAAAAAUUGGAGUUAUAACCAGAGUAUGACUGAAAAGCUAUUAUAGUCUUUCUCCUUUUCCAAAAACUCAAGGAUAAGGAGAUAUAUAUAUAUAUAUAUAUAUAUAUUUUUUUUUUUAAAUAGAGACGAGGUUACGCUAUGUUGCCGAGGCUGAUCUGAAACUCCUGGCCUCAAGCAGUGCUCCCACCUCAGCCUCCCAAAGUGCUGGGAUUACAAGUGAGCCACCGCACCAACACAAGUAUGAGUUUCUAUGCUGUUUUUUUUUUUAAAUGUGAUUCAAUGUCCUGUCAGUGAAAAAUUUUUGUCAGUGGCCCCAAAUCACUGAUCGUUUUAGUUGUUUUGAAACAAUUAUCAUUUUGAAUUCUUAGUAUUACUUUGAUGUCUUAUUAUGACUUGAUAUCCACUGAAAUACUGGAAUUUUUUUUAAGUAUAAAAUCAAUCUGUGUAAGGCGGUCUUCAUAUCCUAGCAGUAAGUGCUAUUCCCCAUGCUUGCUCUCAAAUCCUUUUCAGGGGAAAAAUAAAAAGAUUAUUGUAUUUAAAACGAGCAGAAUUGUGGGAGGGCCUUCCCCUCCCCCUGCCCCGCCCCCAGACAGGGUCUCACUCUGUCGCCCCAGGCUGGAGUGCAAUGGGCAUAUGGUCUUAUCUAUUAGGGUAUGUAGUUUAAAAGUGCAGUUUUUUGAAAGUAUAGUCAUCUUCAUUUUUAUGACGCCCACUGCAGGCUCAAAGAGAUUUUCACACCUCAGCCUCCUGAGUAGCUGGGACUACAGGUGCAUGCCACCACACCCAGUUAAUUUUUUUUUUUUUCCAGUUUUAGCAGAAAUGAGGUCUCACUGUGUUGCCGAGACUGGGAAGUCUUUUGAGGCAGCCUUCAAUAUAAUUCAUCCUUUGAAACAUCAGAACAGAGUCCUGUAUUCUACAAUGGAUGGAUUGGAAGACUUGAGGGUCCAGUCUCUUUCCUUUAUAGAUAAUUAGACUCAGGCAGAAACUCAGAGCUCUCAGGGCUUUGCUGUGCUGUGCUGUGUCAUGCCGUCCUGGGGCCCGGGGAACCACUCUGAGCACUUUGUGGAGUGUGUCCUUGCUCAGGCUUUUGCCUUGGGAUUGAACCGAAGCUGCUCAGUUCCUUCCACUUACCUCCUCUCUGUCUGAUCUUCCUUUUCCCAGAGCCUCAGUGCUUGAUGCUCAGUGCUCAGGAGAUGUCCUUUGCUCCAUCCUUCAGAGGGGCAGUUGUGUAGUUAUGCUGCCGGGUGAGCACAGACACACAUACUUUCUCCCCUAGCUGGGACCAUCCCACACGGGGUGCUCAGUAUGCAUGCCUUAUGAAAGCAUAGACUGUCCAUUUAAAAAAAAAUCAGGUACUCAUGGUAUUACAAUAUGCCAGGGGUUGGACAAAUGGAUUUUUUACCCUUUUUUAAAGGGUUAUGUAAAAAAAAAAAAAAAGCAACUAUAUGUGGCCCACAUAGCCUGAAAUAUUUACUUCCUGACCCUUUUGUAGAAAAGCUCUACUGAUCCUUAUAGUAGUCAUUAAAGAUCAAAUUGUGUAGACAGGCACAACUAUUUUUUUUCAUAUGCUCCAACAUUUUUUCAUACAGUCCAGCAAUUCUUUUAGAUUUUAGAGUAUCUUGCCUGUUCAUCUCAGUACACAGCUGCUGUUACAGAUUAUUCCUGAAUAAUGCUUUUGCGUUAAGAAAAAUUAUCCCCCUUUGCCAGUUGUCUACUUGUUAAUAAGUUGUGGGCCAUGCGAUCAUAUCUAUUAGGGUAUGUAGUGAAAACUAAAAGUGCAGUCUUUAAAAGUACAAUCUUCAUUUUUAUGAAUCAUAGUGAACUUGACUGUGGUAGACAUUCCAUUAACAGCAGUUCAGCACAAACAAAUUACUCAUGAACUUAAAUCCAAGAAUAGUGCCUCUCCCUGAAAGUAUAUCGAUGUGUUGGUUUUACCCCUAGAACCCUUCAUUUCUCUUUUGUAUCGUAUACUUGAAGGUUUCUCACUCUUCAAGCUCUGGUCGUGAUAUGAGAACAUAAAUGCCUGGUGUUUGCCUGUUUGACUUUCGAGUGCAGACCACACAUUCUCUUAAAAAUACCAGCAUGUCUGUGGCAUCUUGUCAGGACACCGGCAGCUUUAGACAGAACAAGUUCAGGGCUCUCCAGCCCAGCCCGAGUCACUGCUCGUUCUGAGGAGCCAUCCUUGGCACCUUGCCCUUCCUCCUCUUGCCUCUGCUUAUGCUACCAGCCCCCUUCCAGCAGGCAUGUUGUCUGGGACAGUCCCCCACUUCCCCAGUGUGGCCCUGAACACAAAUUUGUCACAUUAGAAGCAUUUUUCUCUCAAAACUCUUAUUUUCCUCUAGUAUUUAGUUGUUGGGUUUAAAUGCUAUUCAAUUUAUCCACUUUUUUUUAAACCCCAGUUUUCUGUGAUCUGCACCUCAUAGUUGUCUUGUAGCUAAAGCUGAGGUAUUUGGGAGCUAAUUUUUGGGAAAGAGACUAUACCAACAAGAUUUGCAUAAUUUUGUGUAUUUAUACCACAGGUAGGGAUUAUUUUUAGAGUCACUAUAGCUUAAGGUUAUUGAUUUCACUAGUGUGGUUUCUGCAUUCUAAAUAGUUCUCGGAGACUGUGUUAGUAACUGGUUUCAAAUACAUAUAUAUAAUAUUUAUACACACCACUGUGGAAUUUAUUUCACUGUGUAAAUAGUGAUAUUUUCCUGUUCAGAUACUUCUAUAGAAAGUAUUUAUUUUAACAAGAAAAUUAACUGUCAAAAGGGCUUUCCAAAAAGUGUUCUUUCUAGCCACCCAUCCUCCCCAGCUACCAUGCUCAACCAUUGAGCCCCCAAACAACAGUGAAAGCAGAAAGGUGUGGCCUUGAAACCUUCACUGUAUUUGGACAGAAGCAACAGAAGCGCACCUCCCCCACUGUCACCCCAUCCCACAACAAAGUGGGACUCCCAUCAUGGGUAUGGCUGUGCCAGGCAUGGCAUCGGGUGUGCCCCAUGCAGCCUACUUCUUGCAUGCACAGUUGGUACAUUUAGCUGUAUGGCAUCGGGUGUGCCCCACGCAGCCUACUUCUUGCAUGCACAGUUGGUACAUUCAGCUGUACACUUAACAGCCUGUACAGGAAAAUGAGCCUUAGUUGUAGUCCCAAGGAAAUCCAAACCCAUGCUUGUGAGAUGUGGAGAAACCACUGGUUGCCUAGAGAAAGCAUUAAGGUGUAUUUCCAGUUCCCCUUUCAUGUUGGUGAAAGACACCUAUUCACACUCUAAUUAAUCAUGGGAGAUAAGCAUGUUACCUUCUGCACCUUGACUUUGCUCGUGAGCACCUGGCUCUCCUCUUCCUCCUCCUCCCCUCUCUCCCUGUCUCAGUGUGCAUCUGUGCAGAUGUGGGCCAGUCCCCCUGUAACCAGUGGUUACAGAAUGAUACCAUCUGUUCUAAGAUGUGGUCAGCUUUACUUCUCAGGAGUCCUGUCCUACAAUUCAGAGCACCCCUAGAUGGGAUGGAACCAGUGCUUUAUGAUCAUGUUCCUCUUCCCUGUGCCCUGUCCUUCGGCACCCCCAUGUUAGUCACGAUCCUCAUUGUGCAAGGCUGGCUGGACUGAGAAUUGCAACUCCAGGACAGCAGGGAGCUUUGGGACUAGGCACGCAGGGGUUUUGUCAUCCAUUUGAACCAUAAUUUGCUUAUUUUCUUACGGCCUCCCUUUGUCUUUUCUAAACGAAUGAGGCAGACACUUGAACAGUAAUGCUGGAGAAUGUUUUUUCUAGGAGACUUUGUAAGCAAAUCUGAUUUUAAGAUGAAAUGUGAAUGAGAAACUAGGUGCCAGGGAAUUUAGCACUGAACUAGACAGUCAAAACUUUUUUAACUUUGCAGGAAGAAAUAAAUUUUGCUCUCGUCUAAAUGUUCACAAGAAGUAAUGUUGUAAAUAGUUUUCUAAAAAUAUUUAUUACUUGUGCUGUAUACAAAUUCAUGUUCUGAGUGAUGUUGGUUUGCAUUGUAGUAUUAUAGAAUAUAUUUUGAGCAGUGGACUUCCUUUCAUAACACAGUUCACACAUGGAGAAAGAACAAAAACCAGCAGGUUGAGAGCUGUUUGGGGCCUUUGAUCUGUAAUGUUACAUCAAAUCUAAGCUUUAACUGCCCCCUCUUCUCAUCUGGUUAUGUUAUAUUAUAUAUAUAUAUUAUAUAUAUAUACAGGUGUAUGAUAAACUGGUCAGUGGUCAGUACCCAGAUCUGCAGAGCAGAUUUCCAGGUGUUCUUUCUGAUGUGUUGCCCAUAAGCAAUAAGAUCCUAGGUAAUAACAUUUAUUCCAGGGCCCACAUUGGCCCUUGUCUCAGAGGAUAGGGUGGGGGUAGAACAGCUCUUGCUAAGACCUCUUGCCUUUGCCGGAGAGGUUGCUGUACUUGAAUUUUUGCUUCUGUUUGUCUGCACGCUCCUUCAUGUCACAGAACUCUAGCAAUGGAUGAGAAAUCUGCCAGCACCAGACACAUCAAAAUUGGGCACAUAGAUGGAAAAUUUUGCAAUUUUUCAUGAAUUUAUAGGGUUUCCAGAAUCUAGUUGAGGCAAAGCUCAUUUGGCUAUAGAGUAAAUGUAAGACUUGUUACAAUAGAAAUUUAAGUGGCCAGUUCAGUGUCCUUUGGCUAUAUUUGACCUACCUUUAAAACCUAGCCCAUUUCAUAUCAGCCUCUUCUGUGCCUGGGCUUGAAAUGUCUAACGCUGCCUUCGUGUCUGGGAUUACACCAUGUAGGUCAGUAUAAAGAGGGCAGUCACUCCUCCAUUUCUCCCAGCGUGUCCAGUUCAGCAGAUUUCUAAAGCUGUUAAGCAGCCUCUCUUUUUGACCGUCCUAAACUUUGUGAAAAUAAAUACCCCACACCCAGAUAACCAUUAAUAGAAGUAAUGUAGUUUUUUAGGCUUUUGGAAUAUGUCUUCUCUUUUGUAUUUAUGAUGGUGUUUGGAAUUUUUCACUAGUGUAUUUUUAGACUGAAGUGGGUGCAUUAGGAUAAAACUUUCCCUUGCUGAGCCUGAAGGCAAGCAAGAGGGAAGAAAUUGACCUGUAUUGUAUCAUUGGGGAGGCGACUACUUCUUGUGGUGGUAGGGGGUGGGGGGAAUGGGGCAUUGUAGAUUAUGUGGGGGUACAAUAGAAUUUUGGCCUGAGGCUCCCCAAGUCUUAUUACCUUGUAUGAAAAAUCCCCAUAUUAGCCUCACUUAAUCUCAAUAGAAGCCUGCUGUUUACCCUCAGGGAACAAGUAGUUUUCAAAAUUGAGCUCCUCCAAGGUCAUUGGCCAAUGCUGUGUGCAAGCAUUGGUCAUCUUUGUAAACUCAUGGCAUUAUUUCCUCAUAUGCAUUAUGAUACUAAGAAAUUCAACCCCAACCUGUAUGAAAAGCACAGCCCAGGGCCCUAAUUGAGGCUAGCAUGAAUGCCUUUGAGGGGCCAGGGGGCCAUAGGAGGCCCAUGCAAUUUAACUGAAGCUCAGGUGCCACGUUGGAUUUUUAUUAUUAGGCCGCAACCUUUCUGAAUGAGUUUAGGGCAGGGGCUGCUGAUCCGGCUGUGGAAUCAGGGAGCUCUAAAAUGAAUCUCUACCGUUCCUUUAAAGGUCUUUCUGGUUCCUCCCAGUGUUGUCAUUGCUGAGGUCGAUCUCGUAGUUGUUCAGUUGUGCUCUUUUUGCUGUCUUGUGAGUCUUAGCCAGUGAUCCAGCUGCCCAAGGACAGGGCCUCCAGACGGCCUAGUGCCCUCCUGGUACCAAGCGUGUGCUCCUGGCCUGUGUGACAGUGUCUUUCCAGAAGCAGUGAAAUGAGAAAUUCUGCAAGUGGCCACCCGGAAAAUCAGUCUGUAGCUCUUGGGCCUGGAUUUCUACUAUGUUAGUGAGUGUAGGAAUAUACUGUGUCUUUAAUGGAUGAAAAUUCAAUGUAUGCUGUGAAUUUGUUGGUUUGAAACAUUGAAAUUUUUCAUUAGACAAUGUUUACAUACCUCACCUGAAGAACCUUUGAGAGUGUAUAUAUAAAAUUUUAAAAUAUAUUAAGUUGCUUUAAAACAAUAUGUAUAGCUAUAAAAGUUGGAGUUAUUUUAACUUUGAAUAUGUACCAAGUCUCUUAAAUAUUGAAAUCUUGUAGACUUCUUGUGCUUCUGUGUUUUGCUUUCCUAUCAGGCCAUGUAGGAAACUGUGUUCUUGUUAUCGGUAGAGGGGCCCUCACUGAAAUCCAAGCUUGGAAGGAUUUCCUGUGUUGUUUCAGAUUCUCUUGUUUGGUUUUGAAGGAUGGGGGUGGAGCCAGAGGAUGUGUGGGAGGGGUUUCUCUAACACUGACUUCUAUUCCAUGAGCUUUUUCAAGGCGCUUAUUUUAUGGCAGCGUAUUAAACUUCUUUGAUAUUCAA